CAAAACUUAUCUUGUCGCGUAAUCGCAAUCGCCAAUCGCGUUCCACUUCUCAAACAUUUAUUUUGAAAAGUGGCAGUAAAAAAGGGAUCAUUAUCUUUCAUAAUGGAACUGCUGUUCAUAUGGAUUUUGUAGUUGAAAGAAUGAGAGAAGAAAUGGACAUGAAUGAAACAAUAACUGAAACUAUUCAAGGGUGACAGUUGUUAUUCAGUCGAAACAACAAUAGGUUGCAUUCAGUCCGUUCAAUAAAUCGGCUUGGAAAGCAAUAAGAUAACAGUAUGUUCAGUGUUUAAUUCACUGUUUAUGAAUUAAAAAGUAUACUGUACCACAUCGUAUAGCGUUAAAACGAUGCUGCAUAAAAAUGGUUACUGGUCCCUACUAUGUCGUGGACGUAAGAAAAAAAUAGUAGUUCUAACUGUAAUUUUAGUAGUCUUAUUAAAUUGUUUCUUUUAUGUCAGCUUAGAGCUCUAUAAUACCAUUAGGAGAAAAGAAAAACAGCCUUGGUACAAUAGUUUACAAUUUGAUAAAAACUCCUAUGUGGACGAAAGUGGGAUGCGAGUCAUAGUCGGACAUUAUGUAGGUGGUACAAAUGGUGGCAAUUUAUCUGAAGAAGUAAUACAUAAAAAUAAUUAUGCACCUGUGCCGGGGGCCGGCGAAGGAGGGCGGCCAGUACAGUUGUCACAGCGAGAACUCAUCACCGCCCGGGAAUUGUACUCCCUACACUCGUAUAACAUCCUCGUCAGCGACAAAAUAUCUAUCAAUAGAAGUUUGCCAGAUAUGCGUAGUGACAAAUGUAAAGAAGUGCAGUUCGACCUGGAAAACUUGCCUACAGCGACGGUGAUAAUAGUGUUCCACAAUGAAGCGUGGUCUACUCUCAUGCGGACUGUCAUGUCGGUGCUGAUAAGAUCACCUGCUCAACUAUUGCAACAAAUAAUUCUAGUGGACGAUGCAAGCGAUAGGAAAUAUCUUUUCGAAGAGUUGGACGAAGCUGUGGCGAAGUUGAACAAAGUGAAGAUAUUACGGAAUCCUGAGAGGAAAGGGUUGGUUGGGGCUCGUCUGAUGGGGGCCAGACAGGCUACUGGAGACGUACUAGUCUUUCUUGAUGCGCACUGUGAGGUCACAAUAGGAUGGUUGGAACCAUUGUUAGACCGUGCAGGAAGCGACGAUGUCUUCAUAUGUCCUCAUAUAGACCUGUUAUCUGAAGACACACUGUCGUACGUGAAAAGCAUUGACGCCCAUUGGGGAGCAUUCAGUUGGAGGCUGCAUUUCCGAUGGUUAGUACCUAGCGGCGAAGUGCUCAAAAAGAAGUCAGAAAAUCCUUCAAAGCCGUAUCCAACCCCAGCCAUGGCUGGUGGUCUUUUUGCAGUCAGAAAAAGUCUUUUCUGGCGCCUCGGAGGUUAUGACGAGGGUAUGGUCAUUUGGGGAGCAGAGAACUUAGAGCUAUCAUGGCGAGCCUGGCAGUGUGGAGCCAGGGUAGAAAUAACAUCGUGUUCCCGCGUCGGACAUAUAUUUAGAAGACAUAGCCCCUACAAAUACCCUGGAGGGGUCACAAAAGUCCUCUACGCAAACUUAGCUCGAGCUGCCGUAGUCUGGAUGGAUGAGUGGGCAGACUUCUACUUCAAAUUCAACCCUGAAGUAGCCUCGUAUCGCGAUCAACAGUCAGUUGCAAAUAGAAUAGAAUUAAGAAAGAAUUUGAGUUGCAAAAGCUUUGGGUGGUACCUAAACAACGUUUGGCCACAACACUUUUUCCCAACCGAUGAUAGAUGGUUCGGGAGGAUAAAGAAUGAGAAAGGAGCUUGUAUAGGAGUUACUGUUGGGACAGUGGGGUUGGGAAUACCAGCAGUUGGAAUAGAUUGUACCAAACAAGCUGAGUUCGAAAGCUUAGUCGUUUUCACUCCAGAAGGUAAGUUAAUGGUGGACGAAGGGUUGUGCUUACAGCAAGGGAAUGGGCGAGCUAUUUGGAAGAGUUGCUCUGAUAGCAGUAAACAAAUUUGGGAGCAGAAGGGUCCCAGAUUAAAAACCCAGGACGGUCAGUGCCUCACAUUAGUGGUGACUAAAAACAUGCACGGUAUCGGGGACCCCUUAACAUCAAAACGAUGCCUCACAGACGAUAAACAAAUAUGGCAUUUUGAACGCGUGCCUUGGCGUUAAUAUUGUGAUAAAACUAGGUAGUACAAAUUAGUUAAAAUUUAAGCAAUAAUUUACAAAAUUUAACUACAGUUUAAGGUUUUAAGGUCGCAAAUCCUAGUACAUAUUCCAAAAUAAGAUUUUAGUAAGUACUUAAUAUAAUUUGAGUCUGAUUCAGGAUCUUAUAAGUUAGAUCGUUGUACAAUGUUCUAUGUGUUUAGUGCAGGCAUUUAGGUACAUAGCACCUGUGAUUUGUAAUAUUAAUGUUUAUAUAAUUAAUUGACUAGUUUGUAGACGAGAUUGUGACCAUAACUUGUGAUCUUUGACAUUAUUGACAUGAUUUUUUACAUUUACAACUUUAAGUUACUAUGAAAUAGUUAUAAACAGAAUGACUCAUGCAGCUGUUAUUUUAUGACAUUCCACUAUAUUUUGUAUUGCAUUUAAUCUACUUAAUUAUUUAUUUAUUUAAAUACUAUAAACUGUCUUCCUUUUUUGGAUACCAUGCUUUAUAUCAUUGUAAAAUCGAUCUUAAUCAGUAGAUUUUAAGGAUGUUAUUUAUAUAGAAUAUUUACAGAUCUGAUUUUAUCUUAUUGUGGUUGUAGUUUUGAUCUCUCGAGUGUGUAGCUAAGUACGAGUCUGACAAGAAAUACCUUUAAUUGACAUCAGUACUAAUUCAUUUAAGCUUUUCUAAUAUACUUUUAGUUAUCAUGGAAAAGAGAUUUAUAUUCACAGAUACAUUUAAAGCCGUGAUAGAUUUAUCUUUUAAAGGGGGGGAAAUCAUCGAAUGACUCUACCCGCCUGGGUGAUGCAGGAGGGAGUGUCAGACUCUUACUGACUAAAAACCACUCCGUCCGUUCCUACUCCUGCACUUCGAGCCGCAGCCCCGGUAGCUCGUUAAGUUCGCCUUUCGGCUCUGUAUCGGCUUCAGUCCUAUUGGGCUCCGUGGUGGUCUAUUCAAUUCUCGGCGAUUCUUUUUUACAAUCCUGAAUGUAUUUAUUGUCCUUAUCGCAAAAGUAGUCGCAUCUGCGCAGGCGUACGUAAUUUUUUUUUUAUUAUUUAAUUGACAGCGUUUGACGUCCUAUUUUGAUAUUUAAACAACUUUUAUGCUUAUUUCGACUCAUAAACACUUCUUCUAGUCUUAUGCCUUUAUAUUUAGAUUUUAUUAAAAUAGAAAUUUCUUAUAUUGUGUUGAAAUUAACAACUACUUAAUUAUGUAUGUUAGUUAGUAUUUAUCUAAUUUGCCAACUUCUUUUAGGUUUCGGUGUAAUGAAAGACAAAAACCAUUCCAUUUAAGUAAGAUUACUGCGUGUUACGAAUAUUUAUGAAUUAAUGAAAGUUCUGCAUCUAACUUCAGUAAAACAAAUAUUUUGGUUCUGUUACAAGAUCCAUAUGAACUUUCUCAUAUCUAGUUGGUAACCAUAUCAGUUUGUAAAACAUAGUAUGUCCUUAAAAUAAUUAUCUUUUUUUGUAAUACACCCCUGAAAAUUUCUAGGCAAUUUUUAUUACACCCUUUGCAUUAACCGCUUGAAUGCACCGAUAUGAGACACAUGGAAACGACGUUUAGACAUACGAAAGGUUAAAAUGGUUAAAUUUACAUUUUAUCUUGUGUAAAAACAGAAUUAAAGUAAUGUUAACAAUAGGUUGCGGUCACCGGUGUCCUCGUGGUGUUUUUGACAGUUUAAAGGCGUUCUAGUUUAAAGGCGUUUGAGCAUGCUCAAAAAUAUUUGAAAAACGAGCGCUUUUCGAUUCGUAAACAUACCUGAAAUAAGCAUGCUAAUUUUGAGCAACAUUCCGACACAUAUUAUUAAGUGACAAUUGCUCAAUUGAAGCAUGCUUUUCUGCUUGAAUCUAGCAUGCAUAUCAGCACCUUAAAUAAGUUCAAGGCAGCUUUGAAAGUAUGAAAUUAGGGAUGAGUUUUAGGAGCGAUCCUUAUAAUUUUUAUCAGAAUUGUAUCGGUCUUAAGUUAUUUGAUAGUAACUAUAAAACCUCUUUUAGAUUUGAAAAGUAUUUCUCAAGAAAAAUAUAGAAUAAGUAUACUCACUGCCUCCCCUCUUUAAGGAAUGUUACAAUGUAAUUGUCCAUAUUAUUAUGUGUUAAGUGAUUUAUCAGAAGUAAGCAGUGGAAUAGGCCUUGGGUCCAUAUCAUGUUUCUCAAAUAUAAGUUUUGAUGUCUAUCAUAUUAAAUGAGAGCUUUGUAAGUAUUCUAAAGUGCGUGGAUAUUUUCAACAGUAUGGUACUUUUGUAAAAAUCUUAAAAAUAUUUAUUAUCUAUAACCGUCUUAUUCAUAAAAAGUAAAUCUGUUGUACCCAUCGGAUCGAAAUCGCGUGAGGCGCUCUGAUUGGUUGGUUCAUUGUAGCCGACCAAUUAGAGCGCUGAACGAGUACUCCCUUCGAUUACUUUCAACAUAAAACAAAGUCGUACUAAGCCCUGUGUUCAAAUUUUUAAUGUGUGAGAAGUGUCUGUAUUUAGUUUUUAUGAAGAGGAAAUAAUGCUUCUAUUAUGUUACACUUAUGCGUACUAUUUCGGCCAUGCCCGACUAAUUUCGACCUAGACCGAGGCUCUUAAUGUAGCUCGAAACUAAUCGAUUAUCUGAUUAGUGGUGAAAAUAUUUGAUUUCAGACUAGAUAUAUUACUUUUCAUGGAUAAAACGGUGACUGUAUAAAAACGAACCACAUCAUCACAAAUAAAAAAUAAAAAAAAUAGCUUGAAAUGUUUUAAUUUGUACAAAAAAUUUUCGA